AUGCUGCUGGACGCGGGGCCGCAGUUCCCGGCCAUCGGGGUGGGAAGCUUCGCCCGACACCACCACCACUCGGCGGCCGCAGCGGCAGCAGCCGCGGAGAUGCAAGACCGCGAGCUAAGCCUGGCGGCGGCACAGAACGGCUUCGUGGACUCGGCCGCCGCGCACAUGGGCGCCUUCAAGCUCAACCCCGGGGCCCACGAUCUGUCCCCUGGCCAGAGCUCGGCUUUUACCUCGCAAGGGCCCGGGGGCUACCCUGGUUCUGCCGCAGCUGCAGCAGCCGCCGCAGCCCUGGGGCCCCAUGCCGCCCAUGUAGGCUCUUAUUCGGGAGCACCCUUUAACUCCACCCGGGACUUUCUGUUCCGUAGCCGGGGUUUUGGGGACUCGGCUCCAGCCGGUGGGCAGCACGGGCUGUUCGGGCCAGGGGCUGGAAGCUUGCACCACCCGCAUACGGAUGCGCAAAGCCACCUUCUGUUCCCAGGGAUCCAUGAGCAGCACGGCCCCCACGGCUCUCAGAAUGUGCUGAACGGGCAGAUGCGGCUGGGGCUGCCCGGGGAGGUGUUCGGUCGAUCGGACCAGUACCGCCAAGUGUCCAGCCCCCGGACUGAUCCUUACUCGGCGGCCCAGCUCCACAACCAAUACGGCCCCAUGAAUAUGAACAUGGGCAUGAACAUGGCAGCGGCCGCCGCCCACCACCACCACCACCACCACCACCCAGGUGCCUUUUUCCGCUACAUGAGGCAGCAGUGCAUCAAACAGGAGCUCAUCUGCAAGUGGAUCGACCCGGAACAGCUGAGCAAUCCCAAGAAGAGUUGCAACAAAACUUUCAGCACCAUGCACGAGCUAGUUACCCAUGUCUCAGUGGAGCACGUCGGGGGCCCUGAGCAGAGUAACCACAUCUGUUUCUGGGAGGAGUGUCCUCGGGAGGGCAAGCCCUUCAAGGCCAAAUACAAACUGGUCAACCACAUCCGUGUUCACACCGGAGAGAAGCCGUUUCCUUGCCCCUUUCCCGGCUGCGGGAAAGUUUUCGCCCGUUCGGAAAAUCUGAAGAUACAUAAAAGGACCCACACAGGAGAGAAGCCGUUCCAGUGUGAAUUCGAAGGCUGUGACAGACGCUUUGCCAACAGCAGCGAUCGGAAGAAGCACAUGCAUGUCCAUACUUCGGAUAAGCCCUAUCUUUGUAAGAUGUGUGACAAAUCUUACACCCAUCCCAGCUCCCUGAGGAAGCACAUGAAGGUCCAUGAGUCCUCUCCACAGGGCUCGGAAUCUUCUCCAGCCGCCAGCUCGGGCUACGAGUCCUCCACCCCCCCCGGGCUAGUGUCCCCUAGCGCCGAGCCCCAGAGUACCACUAAUUUGUCUCCGGCUGCUGCGGCGGCUGCGGCGGCAGCGGCGGCGGCGGCGGCGGCGGCCGCUGCGGUGUCCGCGGUGCACAGGAGCAGCGGGGCUGGAGGUGGCGGCGGAGGCGGCGGCAGCGGCGGCGGGGGAGGCAGCGGGGGUGCCGGCGGCGGCGGCGGUGGAGGGGGCGGUGGCAGCAGCAGCACCGGCGGGGGCGGUGGGACCGGCGGGGGUCACAGUGGCCUCUCCUCCAACUUCAACGAAUGGUACGUCUAA